AUGAAUGCCACGGUCCCACCCAUGCAUGCGGCACUUUCUGUCCUCGGUACAAUGGCUGGCCAGUAUAUCGCCGCUCAGACCCAAGCACAAGCUAAACAGCCUACGCCCGCUAAUACUACCCAGCAGUUCACCGGGACUGCAACUCAAGCAACGUGUGACAUCUGUAAAGUCCGUCCGAGGUACUUCGACGGAAAGAAGACGCACUCAUACUGCGGGAAAACUUGCGCAACUGCGGCGCAAAACAGGAAUAUUCCCAACAGCAAACCUAAGCGAAACAAGACCAGCAAAGCUACUCGCGGAUUGUGCGACCAUUGUCGUAAGCAACCCAAGUACAACGAUGGCACGACGACCCAUUCGUACUGUAGCAAAACUUGCGCACAGAAAGCGAAAGCUGCAGGAACGCCUACUGCACAGCCUAUACAACCAGCCAAUCCUGCGCCAAAUGGCUGCUUGUUGUGCGGAAAGGCUGUGAAGAUCAAGGGUCACUUCUGCAGUCAGGCGUGCACGUCAAGGGCUGAGAAGAGUGCCCCAGGGCUCAUAGAAGUUCCUCAAGGACACGACACAUUCAAAAGCGUCGUUGACCAAUUCAAGACGUCGUGGAGACAUCAGACUCCAUGUCCGACAGUUCGGAGGGUGCAUAAAGUAAUUUCAUCUCCAGCCUCCAUUGCUAAAUAUGACGCAUAUCGAACUGCUGUGGAGGGUCGCGGAAACUUUGUCGCAGCUGGGCGCUCGGCAGGAAACGAGAACCGUCGCUGGCACGGUACGACCAGAGAAUGCAACCUGGGCGAUAAUAGCAACUGCACGCUGUGCUCGUCUCAGACAUGUUCCUUGUGCUGCAUCCUCAGGACGUCCUACAACCUGAAUCUCUUUGGCAAGAAGACUGGCUGGGGCCGGUUCGGUCAUGGAAUCUACACUUCGUCGACGUCUUCGAAAUCGAACGACUACUCCACGAACGUUAACCCGUCGAAGUUGAAGGCGAUAUUACUGAACAAAGUGGUCGUUGGCAAAGGUUACAAGAUGACGCAAGACAAUACAUCGUUAACCGCACCUCCGACUGGCUAUGACUCUGUCCUCGCGGAGGUGGUGAAUGGAGGGUCGCUGAAUUACGAUGAGCUCGUGUGCUACACGAAUGACGCCAUCCGCCCAUCUUAUUUGGUCAUGUACGAUGCAUGA